GAUCGUGCAGGGGGAGAGAGCGGUGGGAACCGGAGCCCGUCCCUUCCUCAGACAGGUCACUGGGGCUGGGAGGAAGCCGGCAGGGCUGGGCGGAGGGAGAGCAGGAGCGGGGUGGAAGCUGCGCCUGGGACUCGCCGCUCUUGACCGCCGGACGGAGGAGAGAUGCCUGCCAGUGCCUGCCGCCGCCCUCCCCCCACUCAGCAGCCGCAGCAGAGCAGGAAAGGCAGCGAAAGAACAAGGAGAUCUUUGGGCCUUGUUGGAGAUUGCCUUAGAGCACAGAUCAAAGAUGAGAGAGGAGGACUCUGCUGGCCCCAAAGCAGAAGAAGGCCCUGAUGAUGCCAUCCAGGCUGGGAACAGUGAGGACUUCUACACAUCUCCACAGAAGGUCCUGGGCAAAGACACCAGCAGUUCAGAUGUGCAGCGCCAGCACUUCAGGCAGUCCCGCUACCAAGGAGCUGAGGGCCCCCGAGAGCUUUGCAGCCGACUCCACAGCCUUUGCCGUGGAUGGCUGAAGCCAAAGCAACACACCAAGAAUCAGAUCCUGGACUUGGUGGUCCUGGAGCAGUUCUUGGCCAUCCUGCCCCAGGAGAUGGAGAGCUGGGUCAGGGAAUGCGGAGCAGAGACCAGUUCCCAGGCGGUGGCCCUGGCCGAAGGUUUCCUUCUGAGCCAGGCAGAGGAGAAGAAGCAGGGAGAGCAACAGAUACAAGGAUUGUUGUUUGAAAUGGUCCCUGAUUUUGCGGAGGCACAGAAGGCUCCAUCAGACACCCGGCAGAGGCCACUUCCCAGGGGGAUCUUGCAGGAGGGUGACAGAGGUGCCACCUUACUGGGUGGUGAAAUGACACUGCCAGUGCAUCCCCAGCCACCUCUUCUGUCUGUUGGAGGUGACGAAUCUUCAAUAGGACUAGAACAGGAUCUGGUGACUUUUGAAGAGGUGGCCGUUGGUUUCACGGAGGAGGAGUGGGCUGUGCUGGAUCCAGACCAAAGAGCCCUGCACAGGGAAGUCUUGGAAGAGAAUUUUAGAAAUCUGGAUUCGCUGACAGGUGCCAGUUGGGAGAGUGAGAAUGAGGGAAACUGCCACAGAGGAUUGUUGGGAAGUGCUGGAAGAACACAGAGGGAACAGCAGAGAAUAAAAACUCAGGUCAAGCAGAAGAGGAGGAAUGGAUGUCCUGCUUCUCUGCAUGAUGAAUUGCAUACAAUCACAAUCCAUGAAAAGAAGGAGAAAGUAGUAGAGAAGACUCUUUGCCCUUUCUAUAGGAGGAGCUUCAGUUCUGAAUCCAGUUGUCAACCUCAUGAGAAUAUACAUACAGAGGAGAAACCAUACAAAUGCUUGGAAUGUGGGAAAAGCUUCAGACAAAGUUCACAUCUCACUUCACACCAAGGGAUUCACACAGGAGAGAAACGAUAUAGAUGCUUGGAGUGUGGAAAGGGCUUCAGGAAAAGUACAGAUCUCAUUGUACAUCAAAGGAUUCACACAGGAGAGAAACCAUAUAGAUGCUUGGAGUGUGGAAAGAACUUCAGUCGCAGCACAAAGCUGACUUCACACCAAAGGAUUCACACAGGAGAGAAACCAUAUACAUGCUUGGAGUGUGGAAAGAGUUUCCAUCAGAGCUCAGGCCUGACUAGACACCAGAGAAUUCAUACAGGAGAAAAACCUUAUACAAGCUUGGAGUGUGGAAAGAGCUUCCUUCGAUCUGACUCCCACACGUCACACCAAAGAAUUCACACUGGAGAGAAACCAUAUACAUGCUUGGAGUGUGGAAAGGGCUUCAGUCAGAGCUCAAGACUGACUACACACCAGAGAAUUCACACAGGAGAAAAACCUUAUACAUGCUUGGAGUGUGGAAAGAGCUUCCGUCAGAGCUCAGGCCUGACUACACACCAGAGAAUUCACACAGGAGAAAAACCUUAUACAUGCUUGGAAUGUGGAAAGAGCUUCCUUCGAUCUGACUCCCUCACGUCACACCAAAGGAUUCACACAAGAGAGAAACCAUAUACAUGCUUGGAGUGUGGAAAGGCCUUCAGUAAAAAUACAAAUCUCACUGGACAUCAAAGGAUUCACACAGGAGAGAAACCAUAUACAUGCUUGGAGUGUGGAAAGGCCUUCAGUACAAGUACAGAACUCACUGUACAUCAAAGGAUUCACACAGGAGAGAAACCAUAUACAUGCUUGGAGUGUGGAAAGAGCUUCAGUAAAAGCUCACGCCUGACUACACACCAGAUAAUUCACACAGGAGAAAAACCUUAUAUAUGCUUGGAAUGUGGAAAGAGCUUCAGUCUGAGUUCACAUCUCAAUACACAUCAAAGGAUUCACACUGGAGAGAAACCAUAUACAUGCUUGGAGUGUGGAAAGGACUUCAGUACAAGUAAAGAACUCACUGUACAUCAAAGGAUUCACACAGGAGAGAAACCAUAUACAUGCUUGGAGUGUGGAAAGAGCUUCUGUCAGAGCUCAGGCCUGACUACACACCAGAGAAUUCACACAGGAGAAAAACCUUAUACAUGCUUGGAAUGUGGAAAGAGCUUCAGUUAUAGAUCAGUCCUGAUUUCACACCAGAGAAUUCACACAGGAGAAAAACCAUAUACAUGCUUGGAAUGUGGAAAGAGCUUCAGAGUGAGUUCACACUUCAAUACACAUCAAAGGAUUCACACCGGAGAGAAACCAUAUACAUGCUUGGAGUGUGGAAAGAGCUUCCAUCAGAGCUCAGGCCUGACUACUCACCAGAGAAUUCACACAGGAGAAAAACCUUAUACAUGCUUGGAAUGUGGAAAGGGCUUCAAACAGAGCACAGAUCUCACUGUACAUCAAAGGAUUCACACAGGAGAGAAACCAUAUAGAUGCUUGGAGUGUGGAAAGAGCUUCAGUAGCAGCACAAAGCUGACUUCACACCAAAGGAUUCACACAGGAGAGAAACCAUAUACAUGCUUGGAGUGUGGAAAGAGCUUCCAUCAGAGCUCAGGCCUGAGUACUCACCAGAGAAUUCACACAGGAGAAAAACCUUAUACAUGCUUGGAAUGUGGAAAGGGCUUCAAUCAGAGCGCAGAUCUCACUGUACAUCAAAGGAUUCACACAGGAGAGAAACCAUAUACAUGCUUGGAGUGUGGAAAGUGCUUCAAUCGAAGUACAUAUCUCACUUCUCACCAGAUGGUUCACACAGGGGAGAAACCAUAUAGGUGUUUGGAGUGCGGAAAGGGCUUCAGUCACAACAGAAACCUGACUUCUCAUCAAAAGCUUCAUACUAGUGAGGAACCAUACAAAUGCUUGGAAUGUGGGAAAAGCUUCAGUCAAAGUGCACAUCUCACUUCACACCAAGGGAUUCACACAGGAGAGAAACCAUAUACAUGCUUGGAGUGUGGAAGGAGCUUCAGUCGCAGCACAAACCUGACUACACACCAGAGAAUUCACACAGGGAAAAAACCUUAUACAUGCUUGGAAUGUGGAAAGAGCUUCAGUGUGAGUUCACACCUCAAUACACAUCAAAGGAUUCACACAGGAGAGAAACCAUAUACAUGCUUGGAGUGUGGAAAGGGCUUCAGUAAAAGUACAGAUCUCACUGUACAUCAAAGGAUUCACACAGGAGAGAAACCAUAUACAUGCUUGGAGUGUGGAAACGGCUUCCGUCAGAGCUCAGACCUGACUACACACCAGAGAAUUCACACAGGAGAAAAACCUUAUACAUGCUUGGAAUGUGGAAAGAGCUUCAGUUAUAGAUCAGGCCUGAUUUCACACCAAAGGAUUCACAUGGGAGAGAAACCAUAUAAAUGUUUGCAGUGUGGUAAGGGUUUCAUUCAGAUUGAAUAUCUCACUACACACCAAAGGAUUCACACAGCUGAGAAACCAUAUACAUGCUUGUUGUGUGGAAAGAGUUUCAGUAAUAGAUCAGGCCUGAUUUCACACCAAAGGAUUCACACGGGAGAGACAUAUCUCAGUUCACACCAGAUGGUUCACACAGGGGAGAAACCAUAUAGGUGCUUGGAGUGCGGAAAGAGCUUCUUUCUUAGAGUAAGCCUGACUUUACAUCAAAGGAUUCACACAGGAGAGAAACCAUAUAUUUGCUUGGAAUGUGGAAAGGGCUUCAGACACAACAGAAACCUGACUUCUCAUCAAAAGCUUCAUACUAGUGUUCCCAUAUAAAUGCUUGCCGUGUGGGAAGAGCUUUGGUUGGAGACCCUUAUAGUUGGAGACCCUUAUAAUUAACCCUUAUAGCAAGGGUUAAAUAUAUAGUUGGUAAUUCACGAGGAGGUGUGAGCGGGAAGUCUGUAUUUGUUUAAUGUGUUAUGAAUGAUUAUUGUUAAAAUUAAUAAAAAUUCAAUUUAAAAAAAAUUCUUGGCAAUCAAUUUCU